AUGAACAGCAAGGUCUGGCUCUCUUUCCUCAUCUUGGUCAUCAUGGUCUUGGCCAUGGUGGCUGAAGCAUCCAAAGUUCAUCAAGAAUAUGGCUUUGGUGCUGUGGGUGAUCUCGUUGGAGAUGACAAUGAGAUGCUGCUAGAUUCUGAGUCCAACCGUCGCACACUCACGGGGCGACAACAAUACAUCAGCUAUGGUGCCCUCAAUGCCAACCAAAUCCCAUGUGGUAACCGUGGAAACUCCUACUACAAUUGCCAGCAGAGAGGUCGCGCCAACCCUUACACUCGUGGUUGCAGCGAAAUCACGCAUUGUGCUAGAGACACCAGUUAA